AUGAAAGGUAAAGGCUUUAUAGCAGUUCGUCGUUGCUACCGAAGUGAGAAAAUCUUAAAUGGCCAGAUUUUUGCGUUUUUUUGUUUUUGUUUUUGCUGCAGAGAUGAUCCAAACUGGAUGGUGAAUUCUUGUCCAAAGAUUUCGACUAAACAGCUUCGGAUGUUUGCGGUCGGUUUUGAUCUCCUCUGCCAUGUAAGAAGCCCUUUCAUCCCACAGGUACACAUUAGUACACCUUCUUUUUCCACCCUUGCGUUUAAGCUCUAG